GCUCAUCUUUUUUUUUCCCUCCUACAGCCACAACACAGCUGUUCUUCUUCUUCUUCUUCGCUUUCACCUCCUUCGCUUCUCACUCUCUCCGACACUAUCAUUGGCAGAUCUGCUCGGGAAACGGUGAUUGGAUUCUCGAUCUCUCGGAGACUUUGAGCAUGUACGGACGGGAUCCAUGGGGCGGUCCGCUGGAGAUCAAUGCGGCCGACUCCGCCACCGACGACGAUCGUAGUCGGAAUCUUCAGGAUCUCGACCGUGCAGCGCUGUCUCGACCUCUUGAUGAAACGCAGCAGAGCUGGUUGCUUGGCCCGACGGAGCAGAAGAAGAAGAAGUAUGUUGAUCUCGGUUGUAUCAUCGUCAGCCGCAAGAUCUUCGUCUGGACUGUCGGAACGAUUCUAGCCGCCGGAUUUCUCGCCGGAUUUAUCACCUUGAUCGUGAAAACUGUGCCGCGUCACCACCACAAGCACCCGCCGCCGGAUAAUUACACUGUCGCUCUCCACAAGGCUCUCAUGUUCUUCAAUGCUCAGAAAUCUGGGAAACUACCGAAGCACAAUAACGUGUCAUGGAGGGGUAAUUCUGGCCUGCAAGAUGGAAAGGGAACUUCAGGGAGCUUCUACAAAGAUCUGGUUGGGGGAUAUUAUGAUGCAGGAGAUACCAUCAAGUUCAAUUUCCCCAUGUCUUUUGCCAUGACCAUGUUGAGCUGGAGUGUCAUCGAAUACAGUGCCAAAUACGAAGCCGUUGGUGAGCUUAACCAUGUUAAAGAGAUCAUCAAAUGGGGAACGGACUAUUUUCUCAAGAACUUCAAUAGUACUGCUGAUUCAAUCGAUAGUUUGGUGACACAGGUUGGAUCUGGGGAUACUUCUGAAGGAAGUACAACUCCUAAUGACCAUUACUGCUGGAUGAGGCCUGAGGAUAUCGAUUAUGAAAGGCCCGUGUCUACAUGUAAUGGUGGCUGCUCGGAUCUUGCUGCAGAGAUGGCUGCUGCUUUGGCUUCAGCAUCCAUUGUCUUCAAGGACAACAAAGCAUAUUCCCAGAAGCUCGUCCAUGGUGCUAAGACGCUCUAUCAAUUUGCAAGGGGCCGGAGGGGCCGAUACAGUGCUGGUAAUGCUGAAGUUAGCAAGUUCUAUAAUUCAUCCAUGUACUGGGAUGAGUUCAUCUGGGGAGGGGCUUGGUUGUAUUAUGCUACUGGAAACAAUACCUACCUUGAGCUAAUCACUAAACCCACUAUGGCCAAACAUGCUGGUGCCUUCUGGGGUGGCUCAUAUUACGGCGUAUUUAGCUGGGACAACAAACUUGCUGGUGCUCAGCUGUUGUUGAGCCGGCUGAGAUUGUUCCUAAGCCCUGGAUAUCCGUAUGAAGAAAUCCUGAGGACCUUUCACAAUCAAACAAGCAUAGUUAUGUGCUCAUACCUGCCGUAUUUCAACAAAUUUAACCGAACGCGGGGAGGUUUGAUCGAGUUGAACCAUGGAGAUCCACAGCCUCUCCAGUAUGCUGUAAAUGCGGCUUUCUUAGCAACACUGUACAGUGAUUAUCUCGACGCUGCUGAUACUCCUGGAUGGUACUGUGGACCUAAUUUCUAUUCGACCGAUGUCCUACGCGAGUUUGCAAAAACUCAGAUUGAUUACAUCCUUGGAAAAAAUCCUCGAAAAAUGAGUUACGUUGUGGGUUUUGGCGACCGAUACCCGAAACACGUGCACCACAGAGGGGCUUCAAUUCCUAAGAACAAAGUGAGAUACAACUGCAAAGGAGGAUGGAAAUGGAGGGACAGCAAAAAUCCAAACCCAAACACGAUAGUCGGAGCCAUGGUCGCUGGUCCUGACAAGCGGGACGGGUUCCAUGACAUCCGUACUAAUUACAACUACACCGAGCCGACUCUCGCCGGCAACGCUGGUCUGGUCGCAGCCCUCGUGGCGUUAUCGGGUGACAAAGAUUCUGGUUCCAUCGACAAAAACACGAUCUUCUCCGCUGUUCCUCCUAUGUUCCCAACUCCCCCGCCGCCUCCAGCGCCUUGGAGACCUUAAGAAACUUUACAUUGUUUCCUCUAUUGUUACUCUGUUCACAGCUUCAAUGGCUUGAGGAUGGUGUGAGAAGAAUGAAGAGAUAAACAGAAGAUGGAGCUACCAAAUUACAACUGGAUUUUGGUUUGGUUGGAUAAAUCUGGUCUGAAAGCUAAAAUUAUCAAACAAAACUUGGUCUUCUUUUUCUUUUCUGUUUUUGUUUGAUCUUUUUUUUUUUUGUUCUUUUGAUGUAUACAUAUAUAUUUGUAUCUGUAUCUGUAUAAUAAUGAACCACGUAUUCAUUAAAAAGCAUUGAUUUUUUUUU